AUGAGUCAAAGGCAUUGUAGUAAAGAGCAUCAUAUCGACACUCGACGUCGACAAAAAGAACGACUCAUGUAUCGCCCCGUGAUACUUCAAUGUUUCUUUGCCAAACCCAAGGCGACAGACUACUGGAUCGUGCGGCGUGAAGAUUCAGUCGGUUUGGAGAAUGAUACAUCUCACAUGGUCAGCCAUCCAGUCACCCCCGCCGCAAGGCGUCCACACCACUCCCACCGACAUCAUCAUGACGUGACUCAAUCUGUCACGACUCGAUUUCACAGUGCGAUCCAAGCGGACAAGGGUCGCUAUCAGCAGCUGGGCGAGCCCAACCAUGUCUCAGAAAUCACGCCAUGGCUGAGAAAGAGUGCGAUGUAG